AUGAGUAGUGGGUGGCAGCAGAGUCUGCGAUCAUUCAGCAUCAGGUCGGAAGACAGCGCCAUCUUCGUGGCCGUGAAGGGGGGUGAUAUGGGAAUCACUGAGACCCUCACAGCCGCAGAUCGAAUGCACCUGCACAGAGUAGAGGCCAUCGUUCCCUGGGACUGGUACCGAUUUCCAGUCUGGGCGGGGACGCCAUUGUACUCUGUCAUAGGCUGGGGCCCUCUGCCGCAUCUCACCGAACUCCCAUGGGAUGAGUGGGACAAGGUCUUCCACAGGACCUUAAGGCAGUGGCUGCGGAUAUUCCGAGAUGCCGGCGUCAAUCUGUUGCAGUACGGUAGAGACGAAAUGCCAACGCUCAAUUCUGCCACGGCCGCCGACCUCAGAGGGGCAUUUAGCGCCGACGCUGUUGCGGCCUCGCAAAGAUAUGUGCGGAACCCACUCAAUCGUUUUGAUUAUGGGUCGCAGAUACAAGACUGGCGGCUUUGGUGGGCGCCAGAGUUCGAAGCCUUUGCCGCCAAGUUUUGGACGCUUUUUGAUCGGCCGAAACCAGUCAUACCCCGUAGCUGGGUUGAGUUGUGA